AACCGCGAGCUUUCGCGUUCGAUGCCGCUGCAAGUGGCAAUGAACACUCGAACCACGGGGACGAUCCGCGAAAAAAACGUUUGAAUUCUCGUGCUACGAAACGUCACAGUUCCUCUUCGUCGACCUAUUUUCUGGCGCAUUCACGUCUGGUAAAUACCCGUGACUCGAUCGCUUCGAGCUGCAGCGGGGACAAAGGGAGCUAGUCGGUGAAACUGACGGGAAGUAGUCGGACAGACUGAACCGUAAACCGAGGAAGCAGCUCGAGGAAGAGAACGAAAGAUACGAUGUACGGAUACGAUGGCCGAAGAAAGGGCGAACGUUGAAGAGUAACGUUCGAAGAGAUCAGCCAGCGACUGGCCCGGUUGGCGUAUACGGGAUGAGUUUCUAAUUAAACUUAAACUUUUAAUUGACUCGUUGUAAAGCCGUUUCGCGCAAGAGGUGUUUCACGUACGCGUUUCCGUUGUCUACAUUCCUCCGAUUUCACUUAUUUUAGAGUAUUCGGUCUUCGUUCGCCCGUCUUUCUCUCUGCUCUCUGUCCCUUGGCUCGAAAACAGUCCGCGAGUACUUUCUGGAAUUAAUUCGCGACGAUAAGCGCGAGAAUGGCGGGGUUCGCGUUGUCAAACGAAAUGAAAGCGAAAAUGUGUUUGGGUCAUUCGAUGUGAAAUCGGUUAACGUUGUCCUCGAUAUCGUUGAAUCACCAAUCUGUUGUUUUUGUAAAUUGUUCAAAUAAUACAGGUAAAAAUGUAGAUAGCAAUUAAACAUGUAAACGGCAAGAACGAUUCUUUAUGAUUAACAUCGGAGAAAUUGGAGUUUGCGUGUUUGACAGUUGUGAAGGUAUGUAUGAACGCUUUCGCGAAGGCCGGCCUACAUCCAGAGUUUGUGUUAUUUUAACGGUUCUAAAAACAGCAAAAUUACGACUUAAACCUCCCAUAUCUUCACGUGAACUGAAACACUUUAUAAUUUCAAUGAAGUCCUUAAUAGUGGAGAGAAAAGUAUGAAUUAGAACAAUCCAUUAUCGUCUAUCGAACGUAUUAGGUGAGUGAGUUUAUUUAAAAAUGAUUCAACCGCGUUUCAUAUUCGUUGACGUUUUAUAUCUUGCAAUAGGAUAAAUGUUAUCUUAAGUUAUCAGAUUGUUGUUUAUUUAAAUUAACGAAACUUGGAAAAUAAGAAGUCGACACGUUUAAUCUAAGUGAUGUAUUCGGUCUCAGUUAAUUUACUUUAAUAGAAUUCACCUUCGUAAAAUUUAGAGAAAAUAUUUCAAAUGUUAUCUUCAAUAACAGUAAGUAAAAUACUUUUAUUUUGAUAACCCGAAUAAAAAAAGAAAAAAAUACAAAAUAUUUUAACUUCGUUUCUGAAUCCUGUUUUUUCACGAUUUAAAAUAAGCUAAACUAUUUACCAUUUGAGAUAGCACUUUACCCAGCACUGUAAUCGAAGCACCGAGCGACGAUAUCGAAUCGAAUCAGCACAACUAGCAGCGAAAAUGGCCGAUAGAGUACCGAAUAUGCACGAGUAACCGAUUGUUUACGCACGAAGUGAUCGAGCGCGCACGAUGGGCUGUCGAUUUCGCACGACGCGAACACAGCACGCGCUCAACGUUCGCUUGAGUACGAAUCACAAUGUUUUGCAGAAAAAAACGUCGAAGAAUCUGGUACCUAGAGACAGAACCAGCGGGCAUUAAUAACAACACGAUCAGUCUCGAUGCUGGCGCCCAAAGGAGUAGGUGAUUCUCGAGCGUACAGCGUCGAAUAAAAUUUUUAGUCAAUCGCUAUCGGUGAAAUUUGUAUUCGUUGUAUCUACGGUAUAAAAGUGUUCCACAAUAUGAUCUAUAAAGCGAUUCAAGAGACUACGCCGCCAAUAACUGGGAUCCCACAGCUUUGAGAACGUUCAUCGACGUUUCGAAAUAUCCUCCGGAAUCGAUUCUCGCAGUGAACGCUAGCUGAAGACAAACAAGUGUCCGUAUUUGUGCGUAUCGCGUGUACCCUCGUGAACGGUGUUUGCUUUCUGUGUCAAAUAUCGUAAAGUUCGGACCGUAUUCGGUGAUUCGUAAAUUUACGCGCGGAAUAGUGUAAAAGAUAAAACCGUUUCUGAAAAAAAAAAAAAGAAAGAAAAAAGAGAAAUUAAAAGUGCAUUCGGUUGUUCAAAUCGCCGGGGUGUACACGCCAGUUCGCACGCGUACGUCAGAGUUUGAGGGUUGACGCCUUCAAACCGGAAACGAGGAUUAAUCCUGUCUUCCUCAAGAAUAAACGAGGACGAGGUAAGGCGGCACCGCGAACCGGUUGCCAGGAGGAUCCCUAUGAAAAUGCUUCAAUCGUUGAACGCUCUGGCGGGUAAGAUCUCGCCAGGCUCGCCGACUGACAGCAACGCAAACAAGGUGCACAUGCACAACAACAACAACAACGUCGUGCACCAUCAUCAUCCUUAUUCGAAGCAGCAGGCCCAGCAACCGUCGCCGUCGUCGCAGUCGAGCAACGGUGACCAGAAGGAAAACACUAUAAUGAACAACAACAGUGUCGAGCAGCCAGAUCCCGACAACAUAAAAAUGUUCGUUGGCCAGGUGCCACACGACAUGGAUGAAAAUGACCUGAGGAAGCUGUUCGAAGAGUUCGGUCGAGUGCAUCAGAUAAACAUCCUGCGGGACAAGAUCACCGGGAGUCACAGAGGAUGUUGCUUCGUAACGUUUUACACGAGGAAGGCAGCCCUGGACGCGCAGAAUGCUCUGCACAACGUCAAGACUUUCAGCGGGAUGCGCCAUCCGAUUCAAAUGAAGCCGGCGGACAGCGAAAACAGAAACGAACGCAAACUGUUCGUUGGCAUGCUGUCGAAGAAAUUCACCGAAAAUGAUGUCAGGAACAUGUUCAGUGUCUACGGGACUAUCGAAGAGUGCUCGGUGCUGAGGGACAGCACUGGAAAGAGUAAAGCCUGUGCCUUCGUUACUUUCGCUAGUAAACAAUACGCCAUCAACGCCAUUAAAGCUCUGCAUCAUUCGCAAACGAUGGAGGGAUGCUCGUCGCCGCUGGUCGUGAAAUUUGCAGACACGCAAAAGGAAAAGGACCAAAAGAGGAUGCAGCAACUCCAAACGAAUCUUUGGAACAUAGCAGGAGUCAACAUGGCGCCGCAUUACCUGACCAACGAUACGCCUACUCUGGCGCCUACCUCGUUGCAGUUGUUGCAACAACUUCAGGCAACGACGAGUGCAGCGACUCCGGUUGCGGCAGGUGCUGGCGCGAACGCUCUGUCGAAUGUUCAGCAUCAAUUAUUGUUACAACAACACCUAGGCCUAGGCGCGGCGACCCCGGCACACGCUGCUGCACCAGCGGUACCGAGUCCGCCCGAAAUCAAUCCUGCGAAUCUUCAGAGCUUAGCGACAUUAGCGUCGUUAAGCAACACCGCCGGUGAGUAUGCGAACGCAGGCGUGUCACCGAUGAGUAUGCAGAACCUCGUCACCUUGGCUGCCAUGACCGGCGGGAACGGAAACCUUCAAGUGUCGCCAAACACGUUAAGCGGACUGGCGAAUUCGACAGCAGGUAUGUCGCUAUCUGUCCUUCUUGGAAAGACCGGAAACACAGGGUCCACCGGAGGCAGUCUCAGUCCUGUGACGUCUCUCGCGCUCAAUUCCCUAACGGGGACACCUCUGAACGGGUUGCAGGAUUCCUUGAGCAACGCCUAUUCCAGUUUGCAACAAUACGCAGGGUUCCCGGCGUUUACGGCAGCGGCAGCUGCGGCCGCAGCAGCGGCCCAAAAGGCGAAAUUCGCCACCACCGAUAAGCAGAUAGAAGGUCCCGAGGGUUGCAACCUGUUUAUCUACCAUCUACCGCAGGAGUUCAGCGAUACCGAUCUCGUUUCAACGUUUGUGCCAUUCGGGAACGUCAUCUCUGCCAAGGUCUUCAUCGAUAAACAAACGCAACUGAGCAAAUGCUUCGGCUUUGUGUCGUACGACAACGCAGCGAGCGCGCAAGCGGCGAUCCAGGCGAUGAACGGUUUCCAGAUAGGCAUGAAACGGCUGAAGGUCCAACUGAAACGAUCCAAGGAUGCAUCGAAACCCUAUUAGCCGGCGUCGACCACCGUUCGUAGGUAGAUACCCAAGGACUUCUCGGAUACCACGGCUCGGAUUCGACGACCCUGGUGUCCUUAAUCAAAAGCCAUGUUCACGCAUUCGAUAAAAGUCGCGGCAUCGAUCAUCGGUCGAGAUGUUCCGCGGGUCUGGUUUGAUAGAUCGUUUCAUUCGACGAGGGCAUUUCGAAGGCAUUGGUUCCUAAAAAGAGACAUCUCUAGUCAAACAGUAUUUUCGGUGGAGGUCGAAAAAACGGAUAUAUAUUCGCGAGCGACGCGUUUACCCCUUCCGCGCUUCGAAGUGGCGCCGAUACUCGCGUUAGAAGUUUCAUUUGACCAAAAAGAAAAACAAACAAACCAAAAAAAAAAAACCACAUUAUCCUUCGAAACGAGGCUGUGAUAAUCAUGAAGACUUACGUCGUCAGACUUUUUUCCGAAGAAUGAAAAGUUACCGUCCUCUCAACGUUCUUUUUUUUUCUCUUCCUUUUUUUUUUCGUCUCGCGAGAUAUACACGCGUAUCUCUUUUUUCGAGCUGACGUUUCUUUUUUUUCUUCUACUUGUUAGUCCGUCCAUAAAUUCUGGUAUUUUUUUUUUUUUACCUAGAAAGAAGACUAUCUAAGAGCCUUCGAUUUUUUUGCGUGAAUCUAAGUACGCGAAGAUUAGUUUAUGCAACCGAAUUCGCGUAAAUAUCGCGAAGCACAGGUGUCACGCGAAUUCACGUGAUCGCGAUCGAGCGAAGGAUAUCUCAGAUACUCGCGGUUCUGGAUACAAAUAGGUACCGUACGAAUUUUUACAUCUUUACAACCUUUUUUUGAAUAUUUAUGACAAAUGUAUUUUAAACUAGAACGCAUCAAUUUCAACAUUUUCGCGACUUCUGCGUAUGUUUAACGUAACAAUAAAAUGCUCGGCAUCUGGUAUUUUUGAAAUUUGGUCGCAUCUUUGCAAAUUGAAAAAAUCGUAUUAAUUUCAAGAAGUUUUAAGAUCUGUUUUUAUAUUUAAUUCGGCUGGACUAUGCUCCUUCGCCGAAGUCAUCCAAUAAAUUCAUAUAUUUUUUUUUUCUUUUUUUUAGAAAACACAUUUAAUAAGUUUCCAUGAAAUUCCUAAUUAGCGUUUAAGAAGUUACGAAGAUGUUGAAAUUUCUGUAUUUGUACCUAGAGCUGUGCUUAUCCGUAAUUACAAUUAUGGAAAUCCCUUCGCCUGAUUCACAUGAAUCACGUGUACACGUGAAAUAAGGGGCUCCGCUACCUGUCUUUUCGCCGUAUCUCGUUUGCACUUCGAGAAACGAAAUCUCAGCCGCGAUCACGUUUACUCUAAAAUAAACGUUCUGCUCUUUCUGAACGCAGUGGUGACUCGAGGCACUUCAGUUCCCUUUUUCAACGAAGUUACGACAAAAAGAAGUUGUUCUAAUGCUUUCCAACGUUACAUUUGACUAAGCACUAGUGAAAACGUUGCAAUAUAUAUAUGUGUUCAAUUAACAUACGUAGAUCGUUAAGGAUAUUUUAAAACGUGUAUUUAUUUUCUUUGCGGGAAACUAUUUCCGAGUAAUGUCGCCACUGAUUCUGUACACGAAGAAAAUACGUAAGAGUUAUUACGAGCAAUUGCUGCCAUACGUCCAACACUUCUCAACCUUUUGCACUCUACGAAAUUAGACCAUACGUCGUUGACAGAACGAAAAAAAUCUUGGCAAUUUGCUGGAUUAUUUCAAACUUUAUAUUUUUAUUAACCAAACAUAAAUAUUCAUGAAUUAAGAUGGUUCAGUGGAAAUAUUACUGUCAUAUUUGCAACACUUUUAAAUCUUUUACUCGAUUUAUUUCGAACUUUAGAUUUUUAUUAACCAAGCAUUAGUACAUCUAAAUUAACAUAGUUUAAUGGGAAUAUUAUAUUUGUUUCAUUAUUGAUAGUAGGACUCCUUCAACUGCAUGCACAGUUAGACUUUGGAGUGCAAAGGGUUAAUGAACGUAAUAAAUAAUACACGGAGUGUAUACGUGAAGUGUCAAACUUUUUCAAAUUAUUCAAGAAGAUGCAGAAACUUUUCGUUUUGUGAUUCAGUAGGUGAAACGUCAAUGAUCGGAUAUCUAUUGUCACGAAAACAAGACAUCACCUUAUAUUUCCAAGUGGAAUGAUAAAUAAAUUUCUACAAACUUUAUCAUUGGUCUAAAUAACAUUUUACUAGCUAUAUAAUAUAGCAGAGUGUAUAUAAUAUAUUAUAAUAUUUAUAAUAUAUUAUGAUACUUGUAAUAUAAUGUAAUAUUUGCUAAUGCAAAGGAAGAAUAAUGGUAACCAAGAGAAAACAUUUCAAGACAAUGAAAGUCUAUAUGAAAACUUCCAUAAAAGUGUAGAAAUUUAUUACUGCGUUUAAAAAUAUAAGCGGCGACCGAUCCUAUGUAUUUUUUUCAUGUACAGCAUACCAGGUGGAUCAUUUUUUUUCGUCUUUCAAGUGCAAAAAGUCGAUGACAGCCUUCGAUAGAGGGCUUCGGCGUAAUACGUGCAGUGAGUAACUUUAUCGUUCGGACACCUCGCAAUUUUUUACUUCGUCGUUUCUAACUUUUUCUGUGACCAAGCAUAAAGUAAUUAAGGUACAGGUGACUAGAAUUAUAAUUAUUCAUUAAUAAUUACUCAUGUUUUUAAAUGCUCAAAGUUCAAAGAAACCGUUAUCAUCUUGUUGCAUCCACAGCAUCUUGUUCGUUAUAGACAAUUGUUUAAAUUAUCUCGUAAUAUAAUCAUUUUUUUUUACGAUCCUACUGUAAUUUUUCACAUAAAACGACGAAAGGUUUCAAUCCAUAUAAAACGAUUUGAAUUUUCAUUAAAAAUAAAUUAUGCAACUAUCGAUUACACUUACGAAAAAAAAUAUGGUCCUACAAAUAGAAUACUCUUCGAAUCAUUCAUCUUUUCCCUCUGACAAUAUUUCUUUUUAAAUGCUCUGAUUUAAAUUAUGACCUGUCACACUUACUUGGCCCACCCUUUACAGCUCACCUACUUCAAUUUUCAUCAUAGAUAAAGUUGAAAAGCGACAUUAAAGUAAGAAAUUGUAAAGUUUAGAAAUAUCAAAGUUACUCGGUGUACGUCUGUACUCGAUCGCGCUGCAUCACAAUGAGAUCAGUACACUAGAGUGGUCUUUGUUUUAAUGAUUUUUGAAGUCAUCACCCCCUGAAUUCCUUGCAAAUACGUAACAAAAUAAUUCCUGCAAAAUUUGAACUCUCAAUUUUAACAUCAACACGUGCACCAAACCUUCGAAAGUUUUUAAUGGAAAAUACAUGGGAAUUUGUUCAAUCGAUUACAUUCUUUUAUAACUCUGGUAAAAAUUGAUCAAACGAUUCGAAAUUUGUCAGUGUUAUUACUUGUAAUAAUAGGAACAAGCCUAAAAAUUUUCAAAUUUUUAUCUUAAAUGUUUCUUUGUAUAUCAGCCCAAUGAACAUGAAGCUUAUAUUUUUGUAAUAUUAUUUUAAAUAGGAACCUAUUCGUAAUUUUCUACAAAAGUUCCAUAAACAAACAUUCUAUUUCAAGUCAUUCAAAAAUUUAGUACAUCAAAACUCUUCUUCCAUAAAAUAAUAUUACAAGUAUAUUUUAAGUAGAAUAAAUAGCUUCAUAUUUACUGGUCUCAUAUACCAACGAAAUAAUUCAGAUAAAAAUUUGAAAUUAUUAAGGCUCGUUUCUAUCGUUACAAGUAAUAACUCUGCCAAGUUUCGAAUGAUUUCGUCAAUUUUUACCAAAGUUACAGAAAAGAAAGUGACCGAUUGAAAAAUUGCAAAAAUUCUUUUGUUCAUAUUUACGAGAUAUUCAGGGGGCGCGUUUAAUACAGAUUUCGAGAAUCAUUCAAACAAGGACCACCAGUAUACGCACGCUUGCCAACGCUCGUCCUUCGAUUCAAGAAGACGCAAGCCUGCCCUUAGCCCUAUACCGCCCCUUCCGACCCCCCUUUCGCGCCAGUGGUGUAAUCAAACUUCAUUUCGUUGCAACGGCUGCCAAUCAAGCUUUCUGUGCUAACUUUUGUGCACAAAGUGGAAUUACGUACGUGAAGUUUCACUAACAUUUUUUUCUUUUUCUUUUUCUUUUUUUUUUCUUUUUUACCGUAGCUCUCCUUCAGGAGAGUAAAAGUAGUUUCGCUUUGAGUUUUUUUUUUUUUCACGCAACGUAAGUCGUUACGUUAACCAAAACUUUCCAAGAUUCGCUUCACUCUUCUCUUGUUAUUGUUAAUACGUACAUAUACUCGUGCACACGUACGAUUAUACACGUUUGUAAUAUACAUAUAUACAUAUACAUAUAUUUAUAUACGUUUGUAACAUAAUCACCGUUCGGUAUCGCGCAUUGUCCUACCAAACGGUAGCAAUGGAAAACCACAACGACAUCUACCUCGCUAAUUUAUUAUGAUUACGCCACUACUUUUAUUACGCAAUCACGCGAGUUAGUACCUCGUUUGUUGUACAGGGCACAGAACUUGGAACGUUCUAUCGUGACAGUAAUAUCUCGAAGUUUGAUGGUUAAUUACGCUAUGACGCUUUAUUAGUUGUUAGUACUAACAUUGCCGUGUUCUUUUUUUUCUUUUUCUUUUUUUUUUUUUUCACUGGGAUGUCGCCGAUCGUCGGUAACGAUCGACGCCCGGAAGCGAUUCAUCGAUUCUUCCCACGCGGAACGCGCGAAACGGUGAAACUUUAUUCGAACGCGGUACGGCAUCGAUGAAUCGCGAUGGGCGGGAAACGAAGCAACGAGGAUCAAGAAUCGAUCGUAUAUUUCGAGAACGAAGGCUGUGUUUUCCUGUAGAGGAAAGAAAAAAUUCGAGAGCUGGAUCCUCGGUUGCUUCUGUUAGAAAACGACGGAUCGGCAAUCUACCUGCGCACGCGUUGCACGGUGACGUUACGUUCGAGAUCCUGCGAGUGUCGUUGUUAAAAACGAAUCGUUCGCGUUUCGAUUCGUAAAUUCAUUCCUCGUCGUUUUUUCUGUCCGUUUGAGUAUGCAUUAUCGGUUUUGCUCGGAGGGAUGUAACCGUAACACUUACUUAGAGAAACUAGCUACGAAAUUGCCAAAGGGGAGGAAACAAAGGUUCGAGACGAGGCGAGGCGAUGAACGUUGAGCUGCCUCGCGAAUAAUUCGCAGGUUCGGUGAAAACGAUUACUGUUCUAAGGAACCGUCACCGCGCACGUUUGCCCGGGGAAUCCUACAUAUCUGGUGUGUGGUGGUGACUAACCUGUCCGUGUGUUUGUUUGUGUGCCAGCAGGUGGCCUGUGACGUUGUGACCGUGUUCUCGAUCGGAGUCGCCGUGCCAUGUCAGUCUCAGUCAGUCCAAUCGGUCAAUCGUUCGAUCGAUCGGUCAGUCGAUCAGUCGAUCAGUCGAUCAGUCGAUCAGUCACGACUCCUUGGUCAGCCUCUUGAUCAGUCAUUCUGUGUCUGUCGGUGCCUGUGCACAACUGCCCGCCCACUCGCUCCUUUUUGCAAGAAGUGGAUGCUGCCCGCCUCUGCUCCUAUAUAUGUAUAUGUACAUAUAUACAUAUAAACAUCCCUCCUCUCCCCGUACGUCCAUCCAGCAGAAAUUCCACGGACCGCGUCCAUCCACCUACGAGCUACCUCUACGUUUUAUUUCGCGAGCCGUUUCCAUGGUCGCCACUGCUUGGUCUUCUUCCAUUUAAACGGGAGUAGACAUGGCAACCGAUUGUCGAUCGCGGCGCGCUUAACGCCGCCCUAUACCCCCCAGUAAACCGCCCGCUAUGUAAUAAAGCGAUAGAGAGAAGAAUACCCCCUCGAUGAACGUCGGCCAGCCUAACCGGACCAAGCCGGUGCGAAACAAAAUUUAAUCGAGGUGCACGAAAACGGAACGAGAGGAAUCGCCGUGGGAUAAAAGACAUCUCGAUCUCGCGGUAUCGGGAAGCCAACGGAAACGACCGAUCCGUCGUUCGGGAGUCGGAUGUAAAAAAAAACGUAGCUAAGCGGAAGUCGGCGACAGAAACCCGACGUACGAGCACACUAUGUUUUAUGUUCCUCGGGGCUGAACUGUGACGCUACCUUUACUCUCUGUUUAUCUGUAUGUGUGUGUAUAUAUUACGUAGCAUAUGCGAACGUAUGCAUACCCAUAUAUAUUUAUAUGUAUAUAUGCGCGUGUGUGUACAGACCGCGCCUGCGCCAGUAAUGCGAUCUAAACCUGAUACCGGGACGAGCCGAUAGUUUGCGUCGGGACCGUGACCGCAAUAUGUCGUUCGACGUCGGGACCGAGGGAUCGAAACGAACGGAAUAGGGGACGAAUCAAUUUUAGAUCGUAACGAAUCCUUCGUGGACCUUUAGUGUAAGAGAUAUUCACGUACAAUCACUAAUUAGCCGUUAACGCGUUGAACGUCGCGCCGAUUUUCCGCGCGUCGGUACCGGAGCUUCUCGUUCGGGCCACGUCGCGUCGCGCUCGUCUCCGCUCGAAAUUUAAAAGAAAGGGUUGGACGUCGACGUCGUUGUUUGAAAAAUUAUGGCUUCGAAGUAUAACUACAACGGUACUUGUAUUUUUUAAUGUUUGGAACCUUCGAGGCUGUAGAAAAUAAAAUUCAUUGAACGGGACGAUAAGGUAUCGCGGAAAGAGAAUUUUACGGAAAUCGUAUUCAAAUUUCGCGCGAUCUGAAUAAGAUACGAUUUUAUUUCUCGAAUCGAAUUUUAUUGUAUCCUGUACUUACUACACUUUUAAAUUCAGAUCGGACCGGCGAUUUGCAGCAUAAUUAUACCCGACGAUUCUACUCCCAACAUUUACCGCGAGAUUUUGAUCCAGUUAACGCGGUGGUCAUUCGAUAAUAACGUUCUGUUCUUGAAUAUACAACUCGUUGUUUUAAACCAGCACACAAUUGAUGUAUUUUUCGUUCAAGAAUCUAGAAUACUUAAAAAUUCAGGUAGUAGCUGUAGGUAUGCUUCGGAGGGUGGUUCAAAGAGAUACCAAGCAAACGUUACCUGUGAUAUCUACAAAGAAAACCCUCGUAUGUAGACUUAACACGUUGGUCGUCACAACCCAAAAAUGGAUGACGAUACUAAAAAGAAUUCAAUGCGAAGGUGAAGCUUUAACCGAAAUAAGGAUUCGUGAAUUCAUAGGAUUCGUGAAUUUGGCAAGGUUAACAAACUUAAUUAAAUAGAUUAUCUAACGUUCAAUCUUCACGAGUGUUAGUCUAGCAGCCAACCUGUUAAUAGAUUGUAUUAAUUUCUUACCGAAUUAUUAUAUACUUCAUUUAUUACUUAGCCUGCGGAUGUUUAUGCAUUUAUAGCAAAUUGAAACGGUAAUUAAAUCUAUGAGAACGUUCACAAAUCCAUCCAUAAAAUAUCAACAACAAUAUACAUGUUAUGUCGUUUAGAAGGUAAACCGUACUUUCGUUUAAGUUUAUUUUUCUGUAUUUCUACAAAUAUUACUUUGCAUGAACAACCCCAGUCUAUAAGUUGCUCUCGAUUGCGGAAAUACCGACGUCCCUCGACGAAAAAUAUUCAGCCACCGUGUACGCAAGGACACGUACGACGACGUACCCUAAAUAAAAAGUUCAUCGUCGAUGCGCGCAGGGACGCGGCGCGACGUUCAACGCGUUACACGGACAAAAGUAUGCCGUGUCCGUGAAACGGUACGGUGUACCUUGUAUCAUACGGGAACCCUAUCCGCGCAUAUAUUAAUUUAGCGACCGAGAAUCGGCUCGAUCGAUUCGAGUUUUUCGGGGUAUCGCUGCCAGCGUGUCGCGGAACCGCCUGUUCAUAUGUAGAUACGCGCGCUGACGCGCCGGCUAACCGAAUACAUACUAGGGAAGAAAAAAAAGUAUAGAACAAUGAGGAGAUACGCUAGAUUGCGAGACGCGCAAACGAAGCGACGAAGAAUGGUCAGUUCGAUUUACCGUGUAAAUUAAAUGGUGUAAAGAUUACCAAAAAAACGAAAAAAAAAAAAUACAGAACCAAAAGAAGAAAAAAAACAGAAAGACGAAACUUGGAACAAGGAAAACAAAAGAAGCGUAGGGGGAAACGAUACAUAAGUAGCAUUUUUUAAUGACUUUGUGAUAACGUUGUACCGUACAUAGGAUUGGACUAGGGUCGCUUUUUAAAGUGUGUAUGAUAAGCGUGGCAUAAGAAACUUAACGAUGGAAAAUUUCGAGACUAAAGCGUUUUCUUUUUUAUUUUUCAUCGGGUGACAUCUCAGUAACGCGAUCGUUCUCUCUCUCUCUCUCUCUCUUUCUCUCUGAUUUUUUUUUUUUUCUUUCAUCGCAGGUAUCGAGAAUAAUGCUUAUUAUCGUUAAUUCGUAUUUUUCCGAUCUCUGUUGGGCUCGAACCCGGACGAAUGGUAGUACCCAUCGAAAAGAAAACGGUACCCAGUGCUUCGUUUAGUGGCACGAUGAGAAAGAAAGAAGAAAAAUGAAAAAGAAUCGGACAAAUCGAACGGGACAAUUUACUCGUCGGAAUGGCGAUCACGUGGAUGUUCGAUUAUGCGAAUUAAUCUUGAGUUGAUAACAAGUUUUUGUUACGAUAUCCGACAAAUACAACAAUUUUACGAAUUACAUGUGGAUGUAUCUCAGGGGGGGGGGGAGGUUAUUCGUUGCUAACGUUUUAUUUUCGUCCGGGUAGCGCUAAAUUUUUAUUUAGAAAGAGAACAGAAGCGGCCAGGAUCGUCUGUCAGUAUUGUGAAACGUUUUCUUUUCUUUUUUUUUUUUUACCGCUCGGCUAAGGAUUCCGAAUUUACAAUUGCGGACGCUUACAAUUAUUGUUACUGAAGCAAGAUUAACUCAUCGUCGUCAUUUUUUAGGUACUUAAUUUCGUUAUAAACUUAGAUCGAGAAAGGUAUACGAUUCCUGUGAGAAGAAAUCGAAGAAUUCUGAGAGUCCAGAAAUGGAUAGCUGAUAGAUUGAAAGUAAUAUUAAUCCAGUCUGCAUUAUCGCAUGCGUCUCUGUCGUCACCAGUCUGUAGAAUGGUACUCUCUGUUCCGGAAAUUAACAAUCAACCGCAGAUUUUAUGUGUUUAUGAUAUAAGCCAAUACCAGAAAUACAUGCUUCACACGAUAAAGAAGUACGGUCAAUCCCAUAAAGACCCUCUAUUAAAGAAAUUUGUCCAAAUUAAGUGACGAGUUCGAUGUCUCCAGGUAGAUGUUUGAUUAUAAAUAUGUAUAUAAAUAAACUUUACACGUAUAUGUAAUUAAAAUGAAAAAUGUAUUUGGAACAUAAAACCUGUCGUUUAAUUCCAACAAAUUUCUUUAAUGGUAAUAAAGGGUACGAGUACUUGUGGGACUGACUGUAUAUGCAUUUGUGCAAAACGAGAUAUUAAUAUUAUUCUAUUAAUUAAUAGAAUAUAUUCUACAUGCAUUAUGUAUAUUUUUUUGUACGUUUUUCAUAGUAGUGCUCUACAUAAAUGCAUAAAAUCCGCACUGCAACGUUGUUCGAUGAUAGUGCCAGCUCUCCCUUUGGGAAGAAAAAGAUUUUAAAAUAAAUGAUAAGGAGAGAACAAUGCACAAAUGUUAAAAGAAUAAUCUGUUUCGAGCUUGAAAAGGAAUCGACAGACCCAACGUAUUGUAUUCGUGAGAUUUGUAGAUUUUCAAGCUGUAUUACUUUAUUAAACAGAUUAAAUCUGUAAAUUUUCGAAGUAAAAAUGAUGUUGUAUCGAGAACUACGAUCGGUUAUUCAUUUGUCCAGAUGCAGCGUGAUCGGUCGUACAAACAUCGAAAAUACUUCAUUCGUAAACGCUGAUGUAUCGUUUUCCAGCUUCAUCUAAUCUACAAAACUCACGCGUACACGUAAUAUAUCAGCUUCGAGUCCAUCGCUGGUGCUUAGUCGUAUUAGCAAGACAAAUUUCUCUGGGAAAUGUAACGAAAUUAUUUUUCGUUUUACAUCAUGUUCUGGUGCGACAGCUGCAUAAAGGAAAGUAAUGCGAGGGAGGAGCACGAAUUAUUAGGUAAUGGAAUUAAAAAAUGGCGUCCAACGUUCGAUCGCAGGGACGACCGGGUUUCCUGAACAAAUUUGUCUUAACGAUACAGUCAAAGCGACUUGUCGACGUUCAAAAUGAAAACAGGCUGGUGAAUCAGUGAAACAGUGCAGGAGAAUCCACGGCUGGCUCUCUUUUUAAUCCAUUUCUACGAAUCGUCCCGUUUGCCGUCCCUCCUUUCUCCUUUCCCUCUUCGUUAUCAAAGAUUCGUUCAAAUUUCGAUUUCUAGCUGUUGUUUGCUUUGCACAGAGUCUGUUUCAUCAAAUUCCGCCAAAAUCCGUGUACCCGAGCGUAUCGCUGGAAUGAAACAAAUUCUUUUCGAUGACAAUAACACACAAUUUACACGCACGCGUCAAACCAAAUGAACGGGGCAGCGAACGGCAACCUUUUACGAAUGUACAGAGUGGCCAGCUGGAAACGAAGUCUAUUUAUCGAAAGCAUCAACGAAAAUGUUCGAGGGGAAAGUUCGGAUAAUUUUAUGGGCUUCUCGCAGAUCUUUUUCACAGUUAUCGUGGUUAGAAAUAUUUUCGUUGAUCUUUUUUUUUCGGAUAGAGACAAAGCACCGAGGAUCGUGAAUUUCGAGAUUGUUACGUGUUACGUAAUUCUACGUCAACGAUUCUGUACCGAGUGCCUUCGAAUGAAACAUUUCAUUUUAGAUUAACGGUAAUCUUAAGUACAGAUAGCCGCGUUCUUUGUUUAGGGGAAUAUUAAUUAAAUUUAUUAAGGUGGAGGCUCGGUUCGCUACGCUGAAAGUCAGGCAUUCUUUUUCUUUACGAAUUUUUUAAAAAACAAUGUAUUCAGCGAAUCUUCGUGAAACUCGCGGGAUCUUUUAUUGGAUACAUGGUGAUAACAAAUCAUUUUGUUCAAUACAAAAUUGUACGCGUUCUUCUUGUUUAUUAUAUAAUUCCAUCGUCGAUGUACCUAAAUCUUUGAUAACAAAAGUUAAACUAAACAAUUUUUUCACGCAAAUAAUGACAAAAUUGUUUGGCAAAAGCACUGUUUCUUCUUUCAACGUCUACUUUUUUUUUUCAAUUUUGUACUUUUCUCGCGAUUUAUAGAUGCAUCGUCGAUAUAAUUAUACGAUAGACCAGAAAAUCUUUAGCUUCUUUAUUCGAGGCCAAAAAUUGAAAGCUCUAGAAUCUGUCUACAAAUAUGCCCACAUACGUGGCUUAUCCGCUUACAAUUUUAUAUUGAACAAAAUUAUUUGUUUCACAAAUACACCGCAAGUGUCACGAACGUUCGCUAAUUACGUUAUUUUUAAACGAUUCGUGAGAAAAUUCCUCAUUUACGCUAUCCUGAACGGGGCUCCCCCUUCAAGAAUCGCGACUUGGAAGAAAAAAGUUAUCAAAGGAUAACGUGAGCUAUCAGUAGACGGUAUCGACCUGUAAAACUAUUCGAUGCCUCGAACAUUCGCGUACGUUAACCGUAUACAGUGACAAGCAUACAGUUAUUUACACUGUAAAGAUGACAUAACGAGGAGUGAUUGUUUUUAGCGAGCCACUACUGUAAAUACAUUAGACGUGGUUGUUUCGUGCUCCCGUGCAAAUUACCAAAGACAUCUUCUUUAAUUAAAUCGAUGUACUUAUGCACCGUUAACGACUAAUUAUCUCACUCACACUUACACGCAUACACGUACACACAUACACGUUCAGCCGAUAACGAUUAACCCGCGCUAGAAUCAAGCACGCGUUACACGUUCUUAAGUCUUACGCGUAAAUACAAAUGGAGCCUAGUCAGAAGUAACAUUACGAUUAAUGUAUCACCUUUUAUGUUCGUGUCAUCUUUCUCACCACAUUCUUUCUGGCACGUGCGUUUACAUCGUUGUUUAGUGCUGCUAUGUUUACUAUUAUUAUCACAACCAUUAUUAUUAUUAUUAUUAUUAUUAUUAUUAUUAUUAUUAUUGCUAUCUCCCACUUUACCGAUGAUUAUCGUUACCCUUAUUAUAAUUAUUACGAUUUAUUGCUAUCGCUGUUGAUAGAUUGCGAAUAUUAUAUUAUGACGUAAUUAUUAUUGUCGCUAUGAUUCUUGAUGGUAUCGUUAUUGUAAAAUUUUAUUAUUAUCAUUAUUAUUACUUUUGUAUCUAUUAUUAUUAUUAUUAUUAUUAUUAUUAUUAUUAUUAUUAUUCGCACGUUGUAGGAAUGGUAAUUACGAUUAAUCAUGUAAUUUUCGUUGAUACGGGCAUAAUUCGAUUCAACCAAUUACGUCGUAACGUUAAGCUAUUAAUUUUUCGUCGCGGUAAAUUGGAGACUUUGUAUCGUUUUUUUUUCUGUUUUUUUUUUUUGUUCAUUUUCGUUUCACACAAAUCUCUCGAAUAAUCAGGCGAACGGACACGAAUCACCUCGUAUCGAUGUACUUAAAAAUCGAUUACUUCUACCUCCAGAUUUCGAAUCACGAUUCCCGCGAUAAGACACUUUUAUACGCCGGUGACAUUUUCAUUUUUUUACCUGCACGCUUCGCAAGCUUCCGGUCGAGCAAAUAAAACUUACAUGUGCUCAUGUAAACGAACGAUACUCGGAGCGAUCGCAAACGUUUGAAUUGCAUGCGCUAAUUUAUCGAAACGAAACAAGUGACGUGAUCCUGUUCGUUCGUAAUUGUGUCGUAACUACCAUUGCUAUCGACACAGUUGUAAUUUAUCAUUACCAAUAGUAUAUAUAUAUAUAUAUAUAUUUUUUUUUUUUGUUUUAAAUGCUAGAGAUACAUAGCCCGUGCGAGCAUCGCGUCCGUCGGUUAUAUAUAUGUCGUCCUUGCAAUGUUAACAGAUUAUAAUACUU